CAGUAGGUCCCAUAUUUGUGGAAUAACAGCAGCCAGCAGGUUUCUCAUACUCCAAUUAACCUAAACUAUUCCUACAGAGUCCUUCCUCUAAACUCAGCUUUAAUGCAUUUGUUCUUUUAUAGCAAAACUAGCCAAGAUGAGAAUUCAAAGGUCCCCUAUCUACAUGACCAAGAAGGUAGAAGCACAUGGUUUUGCUUCUAACCAGCAAUUGAUCAUCUAAUGGUUUCAAAUUAUUGGCAUCGGUGAGAAGUAACCAAGUAUGAGCUGAUAUCAUUACUAAUAUGCCCCCGUUGACAAAGUAAAGAAAGAAGAAACUUAGCUCUAUCCAAAAAUUUAAGGCCCCAUAGCGACAUAGCCAACAGGCAUCAGCACAUGGCUUUGCCUUUGGUUGUUAGUAACAAAACUUCAUCUCCAACUCAAAGCCUGUCUACAACCUCUUGUAUAAAUAUAACCCCCUUUUCUAUGGACAUUUUUCAUCAUCAAGUAAAAGAAUUAUUUUUUCAGCCAUCAAAAGUUUCUAAAUUUCUUGUUUACUUUCUUGCUUCCUAACUUUCAAGAAAAAGAAAAAUGGAAAGAAAGACAAUGCUCAGUACUAAGAAGCUCAUCAAAAUGGCAAGGAAAUGGCAAAAGUUCGCGGUCAAGCAGAGGAAGAGGAUUUCACUUCCAAGAAAUAGUAGUGAUGCAGACAGUUGUAGUACCUCCUCAACCUCUAUUGUUGAAAAGGGUCAUUUUGUAGUAUAUACAGAUGAUCAAGCACAUUUUGUCAUUCCCUUGGUUUACCUUGAAAAUGAGGUCAUUAGGCAACUUUUAAGCAUGUCCGAAGAAGAGUUUGGACUACCAAGUGGUGGUCCUAUUACAUUACCCUGUGAUUCGGCGUUCAUGGACUACAUCUUGUCACUGAUCAAGAAAGGUGUAACUGCUGGAGAUCUUCACAAAGCAUUGCUCCUCUCAAUUCCUUCAUGUUGCUGUUCAACUUCUUCCUUUCACCAAGAAAGUGGAAAUCAACAGAUUCUUGUUUAUUGAGACAUGAAAUGGCAAUAUUUUGUAAAUGAUAGCUCAAAACAGAUUGUAUAGCAGAAGAAAAAUAAGCAACUGAAAUUUGUUUCAUUAGAGAUGGAAUAGAGCUUUAACAUUCUCA